AUGUCCCGCUUCCACAUCCACGACACAUGCAAGGUCGGUGACCUGGCGAACAAGCAGGUCCUUGACUUGACGGCCGUGCUCUCAGACAUGAAGAUUGAAAACGAUCUCCGAAGGCAGGUCCUCGAUAACAUCAAGCGCUUGAAGGAGACGGGAACGUACCGCGGUCGACGACAUGCGUUGGGGUUGCCGGUUCGAGGACAGAGAACGAGGAACAACAACAAAAUCCCCAUCAGACUCAAUCGUAUCGACAGGCGACUUUAA